AUGGCCAUGGGACACCUCCCCGAGAUGGCUAUUCUAAGACGUUUCCGGGCGCUGUCUGCUGAAGAUCUUCUUUAUCAACAAGCUGAGCUCCAAGGGUUGGAAGAAAGACUCAGUCGAUAUCAAGCAAAAGACAAACACUCGGAUCAUGAGGACCGUAAAACCUAUGCUUUGGAUUGGGAUACUCUUCAACGCUCUGGUGCCGAUGAUGCCGCCAACGGAAAUGUUAGUGCUCAAUGGGACACUAUCUUGAAGAUUCGACCGGGAUUAAAGGAAUACCACGAAGCUCUCAUCCGUCAUCGCCAGGUACUUGAUCUUGGACCUGCGAUUCCCCGCCAGGUCAAAGCAGUUCAAAGUUGGACGGAGCGACCAGAUAGGCGCAACAUAUACUUACUCGGUCCCGACCGAAAUAUCUGGGAGGAUCCCACGUUCCGAGAAGAUUUGACAUCGCUCGAAGUGCCAUCAGAAGAGCAAGCCUUUACCAACUCAUUUACCAUAGGGCUGGUUCAUUAG